CCCUUCAGACUUUCUCUGCUGUGACUCCCGGUCUCACCGUCCCGCUUUGCGAAGCAGGCAUUAAGGACAAACGCUUCAGAGCUGCUAUCUGCCCCGCCAUAGCCUGACGACCUUUUUGCCUCGUCCCCGAUCGAUCCGAGUCUCGGCCCCUUCGUGUGGCAACGGAGUCCGGUGUGCCGUUCCGAUACCGUGUGCACUAGCGCCAAUACCAGGCAUUUUUAUGUCCCCGUAACGAGCCAACCGCCCCCGCGCCGCGCCGCACCCCCUGGCCAUGACAACUCGUCGGCGUCCGGCACUGCACAAGCAUCAGCAGACGCCGCCAACCAGCAAAGACCGCGGCGACAAGACAUACGCCAUGUCGGCACCGUCGCCGCGCGUCAUCAAUGCCGGGCCCUCGCUCGAAAAGGCCGAGAUGUACGGAAUUGACGACAACCGGCCCGUUUUCAGCCGCGCUAUGGCCCUCGCCGGGCGCAUGUUCAUCGAGACCAUCCCGCAAUGGCUGGCCGUCGGGGCCAUGCUGUCGCUCAUUUUUGGCGGCUGUUGUUCCAACGUGUUUGCCCUUGAAUCUAUCAUCAAGGUUGAGCCCGCCAGUGGGACACUCUUGACGUUCGUUCAGUUCCUUUUCGUGGCGGCCAUCGGAUUACCGUCCCAGUUCGACUCGAAGCGCCCGCCAUUCUUCCUCAAGCCGAACAAAGUCCCCAUCCGGCGCUGGCUGGUCAACAUUGUGCUGUUCUUCAGCAUCAAUGUGCUCAAUAACCACGCCUUCAGCUACGAUAUUUCGGUUCCGGUACAUAUCAUCCUGCGUUCGGGAGGCAGCAUCACAACCAUGAUUGCAGGGAGCUUGUACGGCAAGAAGUACUCUCGGAUCCAGGUUGUCGCAGUGCUCCUACUUACGGUGGGCGUAAUCACUGCCGCCUGGUCCGAUGCGCAGACUAAGGGGUCGCCGGCCGACAAGUCAGUCGGGAACGCAAGCUUCGGGACAGGCCUCGCCAUCCUCUUCGUCGCCCAGGUUCUCUCAGCGAUCAUGGGUCUCUACACGGAAGAAACAUACCGCAUCUACGGCCCGCAGUGGAAGGAGAACCUGUUCUACUCGCAUCUGCUGUCGUUGCCCCUCUUCUUGCCCUUCCUGCCGUCCUUGACGAGGCAAUUCAUGAAGCUCGCCAACAGCGCUCCACUCUCGCUCGCUGUCCCGUCCCCCGAGGACUUACCGGCCAUAUCGCCAAACAUCCAGCGAGGUCUGCAGAAGAUCCAGAUUCCGAGCCAGCUCUUCUAUCUCGUCCUCAACGUGUUGACGCAAUACGCCUGUAUCCGCGGGGUGAAUCUCCUCGCCGCGGCGUCCUCAGCUCUGACCGUUACCAUCGUACUCAACAUUCGCAAACUGGUGAGCCUACUGUUGAGCAUUUGGCUAUUUGGGAAUCGUUUGGCAUCUGGGACGCUCAUAGGGGCUGUCAUAGUCUUCUUUGCCGGAGGCUUGUACUCCCUGGACGGGAAACGAAAGCUGCCGGUCAGAAGAGGAGCAGCAGCCAAGUCCUGAGGAUACUGGUUCUGUCGUACAUAAUAGACAUCCGUUGUAUUAGAUGUGUAGGAACCAAGAGAUGUAUGCGAGAGCCAAUGACGGCUUCUGAUCC